CUCCGUCACUCACCUCGCCAAAAACGCCCUGUCGAUGACGUCACUCUCGAUCUCGAAUCGCCGCAGCACAGCACACCAUAGGGGCACCGACCCGGGGAAGCGGUCGGCGACUGAUGCACGGGCAUCAGCAGCAGGUCGUUCGCUCGUCCACAGCUGGAUGGUGCCCGGGCACCAUACAAACAGAGAGGCAGCGAUCUUCUCGUUGGGUUGGAAGCCGCUCACAAUCACACGACGAUGGUCCCACCACAAAGCAGCAUUCAGAUUGCCCUGAUCGUAGCAAUAGUCGACGGCGAUGCCCAAAUCCUCUGUGAUGUUGUCGGUCAGCAGACGGCCAAAGCGCGGGUUAUCACGGCCGAUGCGUGCAGUGAGCACCACCGUAUUGCGAACCACCCCCUGUCUAUCCCACCACCAGAAGAGCAUCGAGGCCAGCAGGAAUGUCGAGAAGGAGGAAAAGAGCCAGUUGGGUCUUAAGAGCUCGGCUCCUUCGGCCCCGCGGAUGACGGGAUCGGUCCGCUUGUAGCCGUCAGCGUAGCGAUGGCCGCCCGGCAGAUCACCGAACGGCACCACACGAAACGUCACAUGGCCGAUCCGAUAGAGUCCGUCAUUGCCGUGCUGCAGCGCCAGGCUGGUGCCUGUGUAUAUGAGCAGGUGGCCGACGGUCUUGUAGAUGGCCAUGGCGAGGGGCAGCUGGUGGAAGUUCGUUGCUGUGGGCAGCGAGUCGGCCGACAGAUGAAGGGGCCGCGUCGCAUCAGCAGGGGUGAGCCGAUGGAUGAAUGCCAGCCGAAGGAAUGGACCCAUCGCCCGCCACUCCUCGCCACUGCCCCGCUCCAGCAGAUAGACCGCCUUCAAGCCGGCCUCCAGAUCAUCGCCAAUGUCGAAGGCCAACACGUCGGCCAGGCCAAGACGACUGAUGGUCUUGUCGAUGUGCUGCUGAACGGCGUUGAGCAGGGUGGUCUUGACGGUCUCCGAAGUGUGGCCCAGUAGCUCCUGUUGCCGAGUGCGGGUGACGAUCUGCGAGCGGAGAGCGGCUCGUUUGGCAUCGUCAGUCGACAUGGCCAUGGCAGCCAUCUUGCUGACGGGCAAUGACAGGUCAAAGAGGUCGGCGGGCUGGAAGAGGGCAGGGCUGGGGGGACGGGGUGAGGGCGCCGCACCGGUGGGCUGCAUCGUGAGUGUCUUGAGGCCUCAGGCGAGGGAUGGUGCUGAGAGAUCUCCAGCCACAGACACAAACAGCU